GUUAAAAUAUUGUUGUCGCGCAACUUUAUUGCACGAUCUAUCACGAAAGAUCACCUGUCCUUUUCCCUAUUUUACAAUUCUUUAAAAAAACAAUCACUAUCUCGCACACAUAAUACGAAAUGAAUUGUCAGCUGUUUCGAGCUGCUUUUCGUCGAAUUAGCCGAACGGAGUCAAAACUCGGAGCCGCUGUCACGACAUGUGCUCAAGUUUCACAUGUCGUUGAACGUGCACUUGAUCUGAAUAAAAUUCGUUUACGUUGCCGCGUUGAAAUGUACAUUUCAACGAUGCAACGUUACGUAAAUUAAAUGUGUGUUUACAAAUACAAGAGAGAGUGACACUCUUUUCAAAAACUACUCAAUAAUCCAUUCCGCAAGUAUACUUAUAUUUAAUGCUUCCUGAUUACAUGUGUGACCUGUGUGACUUCAUUAUAUGUGUGCAUAUAAUUAACAACACGAUAUUUUCGAGUCGUCACGUUUCAGAUCAAGCGAUUAAAAAAAUAACAGAAAACUAAUAACGCAGACAAUUUUUUAUUCACUUAUUUAUUUGUAUUUUGCACGUACAAUAACACGUACGCACGCGCGUUUUGUGCUGUUUUGUUUAUAGAUAAAACAUCGCAAAUCGGAUCGAAUGUGUUUACGGAUUAGGUACGCGGUUCGAUGAACCCAACUGCAAAUCAUUGGUCGCGACUAUGACAUUCCGUACAAUUGAACUGCAAAUAUCUAUUCGAGAACAAUAUGUAAAAACUGCUUGAGAUAAGAUUAGCGCACGGAAUUCCUCGUUGCGAGUUAGCAACAGCAAAUCAUCACGUUGAAAUCGCCGGCGCGAACAUGAAGUUCGCUUCCUUCUUAAGGAUCUGGCUACUUUUUGGAGCUUGUUUGCUAAUCCACGCGAGCGAGAAACAAAAUGUUGAUACUUUCAAUAAUAGCUUUCCUGUGAUAGUGAUCACUUGGUCUUAUAAAUCCGCAACAGAGAAAGCGUGGGAUGUGAUAAAUAAUGAAAAGAAGAGCGCUGUAGAUGCGAUAGAAGAAGGAUGCUCGCUGUGCGAAGAACAGCAAUGCAGGAAGACAGUGGGAUUUGGUGGUAGUCCAGACGAAACUGGAGAAACCGCAUUGGAUGCAAUGAUUAUGGAUGGAUUUAUGAUGGAUGUGGGCGCAGUAGGAGGACUGAGGAACAUAAAGAGCGCCGUUUCAGUCGCUCGCAAGGUGCUGGAGAACACUCAGCAUUCUUUAUUGGGCGGAGACUUGGCCUCGGAUUUUGCCGUGAAGAUGGGUUUCAAGAAAGAAUCCCUUCAGACAAAUGAGUCCAAGCAAAUGUGGAUGCAAUGGAAAGCGAAUAAAUGCCAACCGAAUUUUUGGAAGAAUGUCGUACCAAAUCCGACAACAAGCUGCGGUCCUUAUCGUCCGAAGGAUGUAAAAGAGAACAGUGAUGACGAUAUGGAAAGUGAGAUAACUGGAAGUGAAGAAAAUCACGAUACAAUCGGAAUGCUCGCGAUAGAUUCGCAGGGUCGUAUCGCAGCCGGCACGUCCACAAACGGCGCCAACCACAAGAUACCAGGCCGCAUCGGGGAUUCGCCAAUUCCCGGGGCUGGCGCGUACGCCGAUCAAGAAGCUGGUGCGGCAGCCGGUACUGGCGACGGAGAUAUCAUGAUGCGAUUUCUCCCAAGCUUCUUGGCGGUGGAGGAAAUGCGCAAUGGAGCGGAGCCAAAUGCAGCCGCCAGAACGGCGAUUAACAGAAUCGCUCAGCAUUAUCCUAAAUUUUUUGGUGCAGUAAUUACGGUGAAUAAGAAAGGGCAAUAUGGAGCGGCGUGUAACGGGAUGCUCAAGUUCGAAUAUUGGGCCGCAAGUCCCAUUUUGGGAGGACCUAAACUGCAAUCGAUUUCAUGUAGCAAUUAUAACAAACCAAUGUAAAGAUGAAAUAAAGAUGAAAAGUGUUAAUA